CCCGCUGACACGCAAAAAAAAAAAAAACAACAACGAAGAAGAAGCAAGGAGAAAAAAAGAAAAUCAUUUUACACACUCUUGAGGGGGGCCUUGAUCGACUCGUCUCUAUUCGUCAACGAAACAAACCCAAAGGAAAUAUAUCUAAUCUUCCAAUCAACCUGAAGUCAUUUAUACCUUUUCGCACGGCCCCCUCCCAAAAUAUUGAACGCAAAUAGUCAACUUCUAGACUGAAUCAUGGCGGAUUCUAGCAGCAGUGUCGCGGCGGUUGGAGCCACAGGCUCAAAUACUGGUGCCGCCGGGUCUGGUGGUGCUCUUGCGCCCGAGGGAGCGACUGGAACGGCGGGGACCAAGCCCGUGUUGGAGGUGGUGAAGGGGCAAAACUUUGACGUAGGCCCUCGCUAUGUCAACCUGUCUUACAUCGGGGAAGGGGCCUAUGGAAUGGUUUGCUCUGCCCAUGACACCAUGACAGACUCGCGUGUGGCCAUUAAGAAGAUCAGUCCAUUUGAGCACCAGACGUACUGCCAGCGCACCCUGAGGGAGAUCAAGAUCCUGCUUCGGUUCCGCCAUGAGAACAUCAUCGGCAUCAACGACAUCCUGAGGGCCCGGCGCAUAGAGUGCAUGAGAGAUGUCUAUAUAGUGCAGGACCUGAUGGAGACAGACCUGUACAAGCUGCUGAAGACCCAGAUGUUGAGCAACGACCACACUUGCUACUUCCUGUAUCAGAUCCUGAGAGGUCUGAAGUACAUCCACUCUGCCAACGUGCUGCACCGCGACCUCAAGCCCUCCAACCUGCUCAUCAACACCACCUGUGACCUCAAGAUCUGUGACUUUGGGCUGGCGCGGAUAGCCGACCCAGAGCAUGACCACACAGGUUUCCUGACAGAGUACGUGGCCACCCGCUGGUACAGGGCUCCAGAGAUCAUGCUCAACUCUAAGGGCUACUCCAAGUCCAUUGAUAUCUGGUCAGUGGGCUGUAUUCUGGCUGAGAUGCUGUCCAACAGACCAAUCUUCCCUGGGAAGCACUAUCUGGACCAGCUCAACCAUAUCUUGGGCAUCCUGGGCUCUCCCACUCCGGACGACUUGAACUGCAUUAUCAACAUGAAGGCCAGGAACUACCUGCAGUCUCUUCCUGAGAAGCCCAAGAUUCCCUGGAACAAGCUUUUCCCCAAGGCCGACAGCAAGGCUUUGGACCUGCUGGGACGUAUGUUGACCUUUAAUCCUAUUAAGCGCAUCACGGUGGAGGAUGCCUUGGCCCACCCGUACCUGGAACAGUACUACGACCCCACAGAUGAGCCCGUAGCGGAGGAACCGUUCACUUUCACCAUGGAGCUGGAUGAUCUGCCUAAGGAGAAGCUGAAGGAGCUCAUCUUUGAGGAGACGGCCCGCUUUCAGGCCACUUACCAAGGCUCCUGAGAUAUAGAGCUCUGAAGGCGAGUGGAAAAACUAAAAUGGAAGCUUGAAACAAGAAGACUCCAAACAACAAGAUGCAUAAAAAACAAAAAUAUAUAUAUAUAGUAUAAAAAAAUAACCUGAAACGUGUUAAUGUAACUUUUUUUUUUUUCUCCUUUAAUUUCAAUUGCGGGGAAACUUGAUUUAGAAAAAAAAUUCUGGCGGGACUGUUGUCUACUUUAAGUACUACUGCGCUCAUUAAAACACCAUUGGGAGUCUCCUCCCUCUUUCUUCUAUUUGCGGGGACAUUGUACUGUUGUAAUAGCAAGAGCUUUAAUCUUACGACACCCUUUCUGGUCAACUUUAAAAUGCCCCCCACCUGUGAGCCUGCAUUCUCUUUCAGCUCUCUAGCCCUCUUGGCAAGUUUGUAUUCUUUCCAUGUAUUUCUACUCGCAGUAUAAAUAUGCUACUGUAAUAACUAACAUCUUAACUCCGGUUUUGCUCCAUAGAAUUAUCAUUUGAGAGAAAAAGAGGAGAGAUGGGGCGCCGGUUGGGUGUGUGUAAAUAGAAAUGGUUUUUUUGUUAGUGAAUUUGUGGCGAUUCGGUUUGCACACCGUUAUUUGAAUGUCCACGAUCAGGCAGGAGUCUUAUUUGUAUGUUUUGGAAUUUAUAUUCGAGAAUCUUUUUUUUGUUUUUUUUUACUCUUUUUAUUUCUUAGACAGUAGUGAAAUGCAAAUAUUCUAUGUUCUACGGGCAUGUUAGUAGUUUUGUAUAUUUUUUUUUUUUUAAGUUAGAAAAUGAGUGAACAUGCAUGCAUUCUUGAAAUGUACCAAAGUGGCAAUGAGAGUGGGUUGAGGCAUGGAGACAUGAUUACCUGACUGUUUGAAUUGGGUCUAAGUCUGUGCCACUCUAGGUCUUGACAGAUGACUGGCCUCCGGGCCUAUAAAGGGGAGGUUAAUAACAGCCUCUGGAUUAGAACAUCUCAUUUCCUUUCUGUCUCUCUCUUGCCUAUUUGCCAUUUCCCUUUCCUCCUAUCUGUCUGGUAUUGUUUCAAGGAGGACAGUGGACAUGUAAAUACUGUAUUUAGUUGUGAAAGGCGGAAUCGGCGCAUACGCUGCUGAUGUUUUAAUUUCAAGCUUGUGUUAAACGGUCCAUGGUUGCCACGGUUAUGGUGUCUAUGGUAAUCAGAGUGGUGGAUUUAUUUGUUUUCCUCUUGGGUUUAUCGUAGUGGCGGGCUGUAGUUCCCGGGUUAGUGCAUUCCGCAUUGCUGUGUUUGCAUUGUUCAGAGUGUCACGUCUCCCCACUUGUACAUCGGAGCCGUGAAACACUUUUUUGCCAUGGCAUAUACUUAGUUCCUCAGAAGCCAUAAUAAGCCUCCAUUUGCAAUAGAAGUGGCCAUGCUUUCAGAUCGGGCAUCAGUUUAGUUCUCCUAAUCCUUAUAUUUAGCCAUCAGUGGAGGUGGAGAAUUAAUCUGAGACCAGAUCGGUGUAAAUGGGCUGUAUCAUCCAUUCCACACCCCCUUGAUGACCUACCAUGCUUUACUCAAAGGGCUUUCCCUCCCUCAGGUCCCACCCACCCACUGCUUAUCUCGCUUCUGAUUGGCCGAGAAUUCCCAAUCUGCGUACUAGGCAGCGUUGCCAUUUGCUAGUUUUUCUUUUUUGUCCAUUAUUUUUAUUUUUUUGUUACUCCUCCCUCCAAAAUAUGUUUUUUUUUAUUAUUAUUAUUUUCACUGAAUCCCAGGAAGGUUAGCAGGUCUGAUUAAGAGAGGCAGUUAUGUUGGUAGGAGGAGGGGAUUAUCUCACAUCAAUCAUGUAACUCAAUCAGCACACCUGCACUUUGUGUCUCUGACCAAACUUUUCUCUUUUUUUCUGUUUUGUAACCCCCACCCCUGUUUCAGUAGUUGUUUUUCUGUCCUCCCUCUCUAUUCAGCUUGCUUUUUCAGGGCUGACGUUUCACAGAUUUUCCCUGGAGCCCGUUACUCUUACUACAGUGUGUGUCUGGUGCCUCGGCACUCAUUUGCAGUGGACUGCCCUACUCUCUCUCUGUGUGUGUGUGUGUGUGUGUGUGUGUGUGUGUGUGUGUGUGUGUGCGCGCGUUUGUUCCACGGUUGAAACGCUGCAGGCGCUACUCCAAGUGGCAGUAUGAACACAGUGUGUAUCUCUGCACACACAAGUGUUUUACCUUUUUUGAAACACUCUACCAAGGCUUUGUAUCUGCAUGUUUGGAUUCUCGUAACGGUCUGUCAUUCUCUGACCAAAAGCUGCUUUAUUACCACCCCCCAAACACGUUUUUACCUACCACUUACAUGAACCUAACUGACUCCCCCGAGGACCAUGCGAAUGAACCAACGGGACCACGUUUGCAAUCUGCAAUCACUCAUUUUCUCACAGACACGUGUGCACACAAAGACAGUAUAAACACACAUACACAAUACACAUCAGAAAUGCCUAGUCAGGCCGGUUUCAAAACAAUGUCCUUUUAAAUGGCUGUUCUUAUUAUUGAUAUUGUUAUUGGUCUUUUUUUUUUUUGUUUUU